CUUCAGAUCCACUGCCUGCAGUGCCCCUUCUACUUUCAGAGAAAUGGCCGUAGCAGAUGAAAGUUCCAUAACUUUACCAGUCUCACAACUUGUGACAGUCGCUUCGGCUCAGUCUAGGAGGCCUCUCCUUCAUCUUGUGGAUGAUAAGAGCGAAGAACCAAUUACCUAAAGCUAUGCGUUCCCUUUACAAAGCAGCUUUGAAAGGUGAUUGGAAAGCAGCAAAGAACAUCUUAGAUCAAGACUGGAGUCUCAUUCGUGCCGCCAUAACCAAGGGGUGGGCGACGAUGCUCCACGUGGCCACCGGAGCGAACCACGUUCACUUCGUGGAGGAGCUGGUGAAGAUAAUGCAUCCACAAGACUUGGAAUUGCAAGACGUGAAAGGGAACACUGCGUUUUGCUUCGCUGCAGCAAACUGGGAUUUGCAGAUUGUUGAGAUCAUGCAGAGAAGAAAUGAGAGCUUGCCAACAAUAAGAGGCGGUGAAGGAACCACGCCUCUUCACAUGGCUGCCUUACAAGGACGUCAAAUGGCACGUGGAAUCUAUGGUAAGAAUAUCACAUACACAGAGCAUGAGACUAGUAAAAGUGACAAGUGUGAGAUUUGA